AUGGCUUCCUCUAGUGGAACAUCAUCAGGGUCACCUGUGAAUCAGAACUCGGGUUCUGAAGAAGAUCUUCAGCAAUUGAUGGCUCAGAGGAAGAGGAAGAGGAUGAUAUCGAAUCGCGAAUCAGCCAGGAGGUCUCGGAUGAGGAAGCAGAAGCACUUGGAUGAACUAGUGGCCCAAAUGGCUCAGCUCAGGGAAGAGAACAGCCGGAUCAUUGCAAGAAUCAAUGUCACCACCCAACAUUACCUCAACGUUGAGGCUGAGAAUUCAAUUCUGAAUGUUCAAGUGGCUGAGCUCAGCCACAGAUUGCAAUCUCUCAAUGAGAUCAUCAGUUUCUUGAAUGUUAACAAUGGUGGUUUUGGCUCUGAUCAUGGGAUUUACAGUUUCAAUGAUCAAGCUACAGAUGGGUUCAUGAACAGUUCAUGGAAUUAUCUCUAUGCUAAUCAGCCUAUCAUGGCUUCUGCUGAAACGUUGCAGUAUUGA